ACCGCCGAUUCUUCAUUCCUUUGGCAACCACGGUCAUGUUCUGAGUUUUUUUUUUAAUUUUGUUGUUUUUUUAUUUCAUAGAAAAAUAAAGUGGAAAAAUGGACGCUAAAGUGAUUUGUGUUGUGUUAUCCUUUGCCAUCCUGGCGACCGCAGGACCCGUGGUUGACGACACCAAAGGGCAUAUAGAUAACUCGGUACACACAGGAGAAUCGACCGUGGAGGAAUCUCUGCUGAAAAAACUCAACUCGAAAUGUUUAAAUCGCGACAUAAGUUCAUGCAUGAUGCUGAAACUCGUGACUUACUUCAACCGCAUGUUGAAAAAGCAGUCCAUCGAGUUUGGAGACGUUGAAAUCACUCAAACUUCUACUGAAAUCAUCACAGCAGAUACUUCAAGAUCUCUCAAUACUGAAAAUAUGUCAGAAGAAGCUUUACUCAGUGAAGUUAUUGCUGAUAAAAUCUACAGUUUCUUGAGGACGAGGUCACUAAAAUGGAAGGUUUUGGACGGUGCCGACGUUGUAAUAUCGGGCAAAAGCGAGAAAGACGGUGGUUUAAACGUCGGCCUCUCGAUCCACCCAAGUAAAUCCUCCGAAGGCGAUGCCCGUAAAAAGAAAGAAAACGGCAUGGGUGCAAUUAUCGCUGCUGCUGUUAUGAAAAUCGGUCUUUUGAAAGCUCUCGCUUUCAAAGCUUUAGUUCUUCUGGUCGGCAAAGCUCUACUCGUCAGCAAACUUGCAUUGGUGCUUGCUGUAAUCAUUGGCUUGAAAAAACUUCUCCAUCAUGAAAAACAUGUAACGUAUGAAGUUGUGGCUCAUCCUCAUCAUGAGCAUCACGAACAUCACACCAGUGGAGGAGGACAUGAUUCGUAUGGAGGAGGAUGGGGAAGAAACUUUGAUGCACAGAAUUUGGCUUAUAAAGCACAAAUUCCACAGAAUUAAGAUGAAACGGUGAAGUGGCGCCAUAUUGGAGGCCUUUUUACAUUUGUUUAUAUUUAUUUUUUUUAUUUAUUGACGUGUUUUUGUAGUUAUUAAUGUUUUUUUCUGUAAUAAAUAUUGCACUGUUCGAAAAAGAAAUUUUUUAAAUCGUAA